GAAAUGCCACAAAGAAAAACAAUACACAGAAUCAGAGAGUUUUGUUGAUUGAUUCCCUUAAAAGAAAACACAGCGUUGGAAAAUGGAUAUGCAGUCACAGAUGACACGUCCUUAUGAUCAUGAUCAAGCUGAGGAUCCAGUCAGAAUUCACCAUUCAGAGGAAGAAGAGCAUCAAGAGAAAGGAGCAACUAAAGUGUUGAAGAAAGUGAAAGAAAAAGCUAAGAAGAUCAAGAACAGUCUUACCAAACAUGGUCAGGGUCAUGAGCCCAAUCAUGAUGUCGAAAUAGAAGAUGACGAUAAUGACGAGCAAGACCCACAAUUGCACGGCGCGCCAGUGCAUAUUCACGGCGGUGUAACGAGCCAACCUGAGUCACUGAGUCAUCCCGGAGAAGCUAGUGUUCCGGCACCUGAGGAGAUCGUUCCACCAGGGACAAAAGCUUUUCCGGUCGUGUCUUUGGAUUACACCAAACCCGUUGAACCUGAGCCAUUACGAGAAACCUUGUAUAGACACGAGGCAGCGUCUUAUCCGGCAGAUAUUUCGGAUAGGGAUGAGAGCAGAGAGGCUCAUCAGACACCAAUGAAGACGCCUGCGUCUCUGUUAUCCGCAACAGAGGAUGUGACAGGGACGUUUACUCCUGGUGAAGAUGAAUAUCUAGAUGGUCAACGGAGAGUCAACGUCGAGAGGCCUAAAGGGUUGGAGGAAGAUCCAGCUGGUCCAGGAGGAGGGUCGAGUUAUCUUAGUGGUGUGACUAAUUAUCAGUCCAAGGUUACUGAUCCCACUCAUGCAGGAGGUGGAGAAGCUGGAGUACCUGAGAUUGUUGAGUCUCUCGGUAGGAUGAAAGUGACAGAUGAGAAACCAGGACGAGGAUUUGAAAGUGACUUUCCGACAAGAAGCCAUGAGUUUGGUCUGAAGAACGAGUCUGGAACAGAGAAAGAUAUUCCGGCAAGAAGUGAUGAUGUGAAAGUCGAGAGUGAGUUGGGAAGCGAUUUACCUACGGGGACUCAUGAUCAGUUCUCACCGGAACUCUCUCCUCCGAAAGAGAGAGAUGAUUUCUACUCGAAAGGUGAAGAGGCACACGUGGCAAAACCCAGUACCUACACAGAGAAGAUAGGUUCAGCGACUUCGUUUGUGACCGAUAAAGCUAUAGCUGCGAAGAACGCCGUCGCCUCAAAGCUAGGUUACGCCGGAGAAAGCGAGAAGAACCAGAGCUCCGUUGGAGAUGAGGCAACUCCGAGAUCCGCCACGGGAUAUGGGCAGAAACUGGCGGGAACUGUUGCUGAUAAGUUGACAUCGGUCUACGAAAAGGUUAAAGAGACAGGAUCAACCGUGCUGACGAAGUUGCCCCUCUCUGGAGGUGGUAGUGGAGCGGAGGAGAAGCAACCAGUGGAAGGCAAAGGUGUGUUGACUAGAGACUACUUGGCGGAGAAGCUGAGACCUGGAGAAGAAGACAAGGCGUUAGCGGAGGUGAUUGCUGAGAAACUUCAUCUCGGAGGAGGAGAGAAGAAGAAGACUAUGACCACAAAGGAAGUUGAAGUGACGGUGGAGAAGAUCCUUGCUGACCAGACAUUGGUGGAAAAGGAACAUGGUGAGGCAGAGGAAGCGAAAGUAGGAGGAGGGGGAAUGGUGGGGAAGCUUAGAGGAGCUGUCACUUCUUGGCUCGGUGGUACAACGGAGGAAGUGAAGCCCAAUUCUUCAGAUUCUGUUGACCAGUCUUCACAGUCGCUUGGUUCCACCGUUGGGACUACGGGCUUUCCGGAUUCUGGUGGAGCUCUGACCGGGCAGAGGGGACUUCAAGAUUCUGGGAAGUGAGAUUUUGUUUUGCUUUUGAAUGUUUGUGUGGUUUCGCUGAUGCCUUUGUUUUGCCACUAUGUGGUCUUGCUGUAAUCCUUGUUUGUGUAAAAAAAGAAAUAAUAUAUGUGCUU